CGACAGCGCCGUAAGUGCGCAUGGGCGCGGGAACAUGGCGGUGUAUGCGGCCGCAGCGACGGUACUGGCGGGGGUGGAAAACCGCCAGGGCUCGCUCAAGGGGCUGGUGUACGCCAGCAAAUUCCAGAACGUGAAGCAGCUGUACGCGCUGGUGUGCGAGACGCAGCGCUACUCCGCCGUGCUGGACGCCGUGAUCGCCAGCGCCGGCCUCCUCCGCGCCGAGAAGAAGCUGCGGCCGCACCUGGCCAAGGUGCUCGUGUAUGAGUUGUUGCUGGGAAAGGGCUUUCGAUGGGGCGGGGGCCGGUGGAAGCCACUCCUGGGCCGUCACCAGGCCAGGCUCAAGGCUGAGUUGGCUCGGCUCAAGGUUCACCGGGGUGUGAGCAGGAACGAGGACCUGUUGGAAGUGGGGUCCAGGCCGGGCUCAGCCUCCCAGGUGCCUCGCUUCGUGCGGGUGAACACACUGAAGACCUCCCCCGACGAUGCGGUGGAUUAUUUCAAGAGGCAGGGUUUCUCCUACCAGGGUCGGGCUUCCAGCCUUGAAGACCUGCGGGCCCUCAAGGGGAAGUACUUUGCUCUGGAUCCCUUGUUGCCUGAGCUGCUGGUGUUUCCUGCGCAAACAGAUCUGCAUGAACACCCACUGUACCGGGCAGGUCACCUCAUCCUGCAGGACAAGGCCAGCUGCCUCCCCGCCAUGCUGCUGGCCCCACCACCUGGCUCCCACGUCAUCGACGCCUGUGCUGCCCCAGGCAACAAGACCAGUCACCUGGCGGCUGUUCUGAAGAACCAGGGGAAGAUCUUUGCCUUUGACCUGGACGCCAAGCGGCUGGCAUCUAUGGCCACUCUGCUGGCCCGCGCUGGGGUCUCUUGCUGCGAGUUGGCUGAGGAGGACUUCCUGGCAGUGUCACCCUCGGACACACGCUACAGGCGGGUCCAGUAUAUCCUGCUGGAUCCCUCCUGCAGUGGCUCUGGCAUGCUGGGCCGGCGGCUGGAGGAGCCUGGGGCGGAGCCGCCCAGCAAGGAGCGGCUGUGUGCCCUGGCCGCGUUCCAGCUUCGAGCUCUGCGCCAUGCACUCGCUUUCCCUGCGCUGCAGCGCCUUGUCUACUCUACCUGCUCCCUGUGCCCGGAGGAGAACGAGGAUGUGGUCCAGGAGGCCCUGCAGCAGAGCUCGGGGGCCUUCCGGCUCGCGCCCGUCCUGCCCUCCUGGCCACACCGAGGCCGAGGCACCUUUCCAGGGGCUGAACACUGCCUCCGAGCCUCCCCGGAGACCACGCUCACCAGUGGCUUUUUCAUUGCUGUGAUCGAACGCACAGAGGUGCCCAGCUCAGCCUCACUGGCUGAACAGCCAGCACCAGAACCUGUGUCCAGCCCAGUGCCAAAGAGGAAGAGGCGGCGGAAAGCAGCGGCCGGCGAGGGCACGCAGCAGGUGGCGGGUGGUGAGCUGCAGGAUGCACACUGAGCACCGGGCCACAGCGUGGGAUCUGCGAGGGAAACUGCCUGGCGGCGCGCCUAGCUGCGGACAGUGGUGUCCUGGCCUGUGGGUCCCUCCCCAGGGCUGUGUCCUUACUGGUGACAAGUGCUGCCCACACAAAAGACAGGACAAGGUCUAUGAUGGAUCACAGUUUAUUCUCAUGACAUAAGCAAAGAGAAAAAUCUCACAUUCAUACUAAAAAUGCCAACUAGCCCCGACAAACCAAAUCUCAUCUGUAACGGGAAGCGCCAGCCUCCUGUGCCUGUGCCAUGCGCGUCCUCGCUCACGCUGCAGGCCCACCCGGGAGCACGGUAGCUGGCUCAGCACCCACAGCCAGGGGCCCCGAUGCAAGGCCAGGCGCGCUCACCCUGACAGGUCUGGGCCUUGCGCUCCUCCCACAUUCAACCUCAGUCACUAAGGGGGAGGGGACUAGUUACAGCUACGUCACAUUAUUUAUAAAAUGAGGAUUAAGUUUACAUAAUCCGGAAGGAGCUCCAGUUCCUCGGGAGCGAGGGGGCCCCUUCUCCACACAGGCAUAACUUAACUAUACGGCUAAUCUCUAGUCCAUAGCGUUUAUACUUAACCACCUCAAUGAACCAAGCUUGAAGGAAUUUAAAAGGCAAUUUAGCUUAAAUACAAAAAUAAAUUUUUAUUUUGUUAAAAAA